UUGGGAACGAGUCCUUUUGGUGGGCGGGAUGUUUAAUACGAAUUAGAGGUAUGACAGGUGACAUAAGUACACAAAAUAAUAUUGCCAAUUGAGAACGUUGACAUAUAAAGAUCCCACCUAGUAUAGGUUCAUAUCUAGGCAGGUUAAAUAGAAGUUGUUAGUUCGAUAGUUGUUAUUUUAGUUAUAGGAUGUGAUAACAGAUGGCACUGUACAAAUUUUGUAAUCCGCUACAUCGCGCUAUCGAAAACCUAAUGUGAGCCUAUAUAAGCCCGAGUUACUUUCGAAUAAACCGAGUUCCAACAGCAGUGUGGUGGUUUCAUUGAGGUUACCCUACGCAGCAACAUGUCGAAUACCGCGCGAAAUGAUUGUGAUAUUAAUAAUGGGAAUAAAAAGCGAAAACGGAAGGAAAAGAAAGAAGAUAUUAUUAAAAAUAAGAAGGCUAGAGGUCUGGAGCAUAUAAAUCAUAUGAACAAACUUGUUCCAGCACGAAAAAGUGGUCCUGAUUGCCGUUGCAAGAGAUUUAAGUGUUAUACGAAAAUUGACACUAGACAAAGAGAAAUGAUAUUGAUGAACUUUAAUGAUAUUGGCAAUAAAAAUGAACAGGAUGCAUAUUUAUUGGGAUUGAUGUCAGCCUCUCCGACAGCAAGACACACAGUGAACAAUCCACAACGGUUUAGAUUGUCUUCUUUUAGUUACAAAAUCCGCAUAGGACUUGAUGAGACUGUAGUGUGCCUGACAGCAUUCUGUAAUAUACAUGGUGUAACAAUUGGGCGUACACGACGAUUGCAAGAUCUUAUGGCAACAAACAUCCCAUCUCCAAGAGAUCAGCGAGGUAAGCACACAGAAAAUCGAGCAAAAAAGGCUCCAGAAUGUAUUUUAAAUCUGAUACGCUAUCAUAUUUCUUCAUUCCCUGCUCGACAAUCUCGUUAUUCACUCCGUGAUAAUCCUAACUGUUAUUAUUUGGAUGAGGAAUUAUCAGUCACAGAAAUGCAUAAGCUGUUCCUGUCUAUGUACCACAUAAAUGUCAGUUUCAUGGUGUACUGGUCUAUUUUAAAGAAGGAAUACAAACUCAAAUUUGGUCUGCCUAGAACAGAUACCUGUGCUGUUUGUAAUUCAUAUAACUUAUCAAUAAAAUGUGCUGCUUUACCUGAAACUGUUCGAAUUUUGCAAACGGAACAUAAAUUACAUUUAUGUAAGGCUGAAAAAUUUAAUGAGAUAAAGAGAACAAAAAGAAAGAGCACAGCAAGGAAAAUGUGUAUGCUUGAGUUUCGACUACAUGCAAAACUUACCAUUACCACAUAUAAGAACAGGAGAUGUCUUUUAUGCAAGACAGCUUUGGUACUAUGUAUUUGGCAUACAUGACCUAGCUAGAAAUUUGAAUGUGCAAUAAUCAAACGGUCAUCUGGAGAGUUGCACGCUACUCAGCAAUAGAUGGAGCAUUACAAUUAUUUAUAAAUCCAUAUCUAGCUAGCUAACUAAAUUUCUAAAAAGUUUUAUCAACUGCACAUAGAUGUCGCUUUUGAAUUUUUUUUUAACUUCUCACAUGUCACUACAGAUGUCGCUAUCUAAUUAUUAACUACUACUCGACAACAGAGGGCGCUUAUAUAUACAUCUACAAUUCUUAUCGAUAAUUGAUUACGAUGAAUUUCCUUGAUAACAUCACAUUUCACAAGAAAAAAAGGAGUAGCUGAAGCAGUCAUGGGACGACCGUCUCCGAAGACAACGAGGAUGCUCCUAUUUCAACCUUAAACAACAUAUUAGAUGGCAGUUCAUAUAGCCUCCCUAAUUUAUCAACUGACGCUUAUGAAAUCACAGCACUGAAAGAAGAAAUUUUAAAAUUGAAAUUAGAACUAGAAAGCGCAGAUUAUGUGGACUAUUAAAUAAGUUAGAUAUUUUGACUGUAGCUCUACAAAACUUGACAUUAAAUAAUAAGCAUAAUAUUGACAUUAUUUGUAUUACCGAGCAUUUCAUGACCAAAGACGAUGAAA